CGCGCGGCCACGCCCACCCCGGCUCGGGCCGCGCUAUUGUGCAGCGGGGCCGGGAGCGGAACGGAGAGGGGCUGGGGGGGGAGGAUCGUGCUUACAAGAUGGCAAGCAGCGAUGUGAGCCACACUGGUGAUGAGGAGGACUCCAGCUGCUGCGGUGCCAUGGGGUGGCACAAGUGACGAGGACAGCACAGGACGCCAUGGGCAGCUCCUCGCCUUGGCUGCGCUGGACUCAAUCGGAGCUGGGCAGCCAGGAACCCAAGUGCUGGGAGGAGGAGGAGGAGGAGGAAGACUUUGAGAAGCACAUGGAUGAGAACGGUGUCAUUGGGCUGGGGGCUGCCACAGCGGAGCUCAGCGAUCCACAGGACUCAGGCUCUGAGUGGGGACAGGAGGCGGCUGGGAGCCCAGUAUGGGGGGACGGCGAGGACUUGGAUGUGGAGUCCCCAGCAGAGCCACGCUGGUAUGCACAGCAGGAUCUGACAGAGGAGGAGGAGGAGGAAGAAGAACAGGGCAGCUCUGAGGAGGACGAGAGGCCAGAGGGGCCCUGGGGAACAGAAAGUGAUGGGGACCCCCAUGCUGAGACCCCUCUGAAAGUCCUGGGUACCACCACAGAUGGUGGCGGCACCUCGGGGCCUUCAGACUCCAGUCCUGUCCCCAUGACUCCCCCACGCCAGCUCCGGGGCUGGGGCAAAGCCAGGGACCCCAGUCAGAGCUCCCAAACCCUGCAGCAGCCCAAACCCAGUCGGCUGUCCCCCAGCCCCCGGCAUCACACUGACACCAAAAAGCCAAAGGACCCCACGGACAUUUGCCCAUAUGGCCGCGGGCGGCUCAACCACCCUCUGCCUGACCUCUCCAAGGUGGAAGCACGGGUGAAGGUGGGGCAGAGCUACCGCCCCCCACCCAGCAGGGCCCUGUCUGCCCAUGCCAGGCCCCACGGAGGUCCCCUUGUCCCCAAAUCCCCCGCCGAAAUCGUCCGGGAGGUGCUGCUGAGCAGUGGGGAGGGGGCCCCGCCACGACCCUCUGCCCCCCCAGGAGUGCCACAGGAGCUCCGCUCCCCCAGGCAGGCUACUGCGCUGGUGCAGCAACUGCAGGAUGACUACCACAAGCUGCUGACCAAGUACGCCGAGGCCGAAAACACCAUUGACCAGCUGAGGCUGGGGGCCAAGGUGAACCUGUAUGCCAACCCUCCGUGUGCCAGCCGCAGCGCCCACGCCGGCACCAUGAGUAGUGGAUGCAGGGUGAUGGCCUUCAGCAUCCCACGGGCCAGCGCCGCAGCCAUCAGCACAGCCCCAAACCCGCAGCUCCCUGUGGGUGGAGCUCCAGCGCCACAACCAGCAGCACAGGGGGCAGCAUCCCAGCCCUGCUCUCCUCGCUCUCCCCUGGGGGGCUGCCCCACAUGUGUGGGGCCGUGCUGCUGUGCAGGGCCGCGGCUCACACAGACACUGGCAGAGCAGACCCGCAAAUUUCAAGCGCAGGUGGAUUCCUUUGAAGCCUGGAUCCGAGCAGGGAGCUCUGUGCCACAGGAGCAGCUCCAGCGGUUCCAGAGGCUGCAGGAUACACAGGAUGCACUGGAGCGGGCGUACCUGGAAGCACGGGAAGAGCAGAGCCUUGGGGACACGGGGAACUUCGACCCGGAGCGCACAGUGGAAGGGGACAUCUUCUGCCUGGGGAUGCGCCUGGAGGAGCUGAAGGAGCGCCUGGAGCGGGCAGCACCAGGGAGCCCUGUGGUGACAGAGGGCCCCCCCAGCACCGGGGAGACAGCGGGGAACACCGAGGUGGUGGCGGUGGGGCUGCCCCGACCCUUACGGCACAAGCAGCUCCAAGCGGAGGGGGACUUUGGGGAUCUGUUGCAGCAGUACCAGCACCUCAAGUCGCUGCCGGCAUCACUGAGCCUGGAGCAGCUGAGCCUGAAAGGGAGCGCAGCACUGGAGGAGGCUGGUGGCACCGUGGCAGGGGAUGGCGGCCCAGGGGGGGUCCUCAAUGGGACACAGUCACUGGAGGAGGGCACCGACCUCGAGACCUCCCCCUCGCCUCCCCCUCAGAGGAAAGCAGUGCCGCUGCCCCACACCGAACCCCCACACCCACAGGGGACCCAUGGCCGCCUGUCCCCUGUCACCACCCCGUUGCCACCAUCCACCUCCAGGCUCCCGCUGGCAUUCCCUGAACCUUUGCCAUCGCGCACAGCCCCGUCCCGCCGCAGCAGUGGAACAGGGAGCACAGCCCCUCAGCGCCAUGCCCUCAAGCCCUGCCACCAGGAGCAGCGCAUGGUGUCACCGGAGACGGACAGUGGCUUCGUGGGCUCGGAGAGCAGCCGGGUGUCCCUGUUGGCACGCACCCCUCAGCAUCGACCACUGGGCACUGGGACUCAUGGCGUGCUCGAACCUCCUGUCCCUGCUCCCCUCCAUCCGCAGAAGAAGGAAGCUCCGCUGCUGCCCCCCAGGAAGGGGCUGAGGGGUCCCUACCCAGCCCCUGAGCACGGCCCUCCCCCAGGCCACAGCGUGCCCCCCAGCACUCCCUCGCCGAGCAGCUCUCCACUGCGCUGGGCUGGCAGCCAAGGCAGUGAGCUGGGACCUGAGGGUGAUGAUGCUCACUCUGACUCAGAAGGAGGAGACAGGAGCUGCACCAGUGGGCACCCCCCAGGCGGGACGCCCGCCUCGCCAUCCCCAGCUCCGGCUCACAGUGACCUGCUGGGAUCCCGCAUGGAGCGCGACCGGGCCAUCCGUGCACUGCAGGACGAGGUUUGGCGACUGCGCCUGCGGCUGGAGGAGAGCCUGAACCGGUCCCACAGCUACCCUGAGGGCAGAGCCCCCCACACCCCCAAGGGGAGGAGGCAGGCAGCAGCCAGCAGAGCUUCAUUCCUCCGGGAUGCAGCACCCGUGGGGGAGCACAGCCCCACCUCACGGGGCAGGAUGACCCCGGGCGGCCCCAGAGGCAGAUGGGCAUCGCUGCCACGGGAUGGGACACCGCCAGACUUCACCUCCCAGUCGGACCGCUCGCUGCGUGCGCACGGUGACAGCCGUCCCCGAGCCGCGCCGUCCGCGCACAAACGCCCUCGCAGCCCUCUGGGUGCGGUGUCACUGCGGGGACAGCAGGCGGCUGAGCGCCGGGAGCCCGACCCGCUGGGUAACGCACACGGUGGCGCUGACACCGUUCGGGGGACGCGUUACCGCGUGGCGCCGCCCCGUGGGGAGCCGAGCGCUGCGCCGUGCCCCCGCUGCCACCCCGACGGGACAACCGCAGGCGCCCCAUCAGUCGAUGCCACGCGGCCGCAGCGCAGCGGCACCUCCAGGACCCCCGAGAGCUGCCCAACGUGCCGGGCAUCACGCGGUGACACGGACAGAGCCGGGCACGCCCAGCGCAGCAAAUCGGACGGCAAAUCCCCGCCGGAGCCCCGCAGCCGCCCCCAGGCCGUGCAGCCGGAGCAGCUCGCAGGCUGUUGGUACCUGGCGGGGGGGCCUCCCGUCGCCUACCUCGCCCCCGUCCCAGUGGUGCCUUACGGGCCCUCACUGCUGUACUGCCCUCCAACCGCACCUACCUCAGCCCCACACCGCACCCGUUCCCCACCGCUCUCAGACCUGGAGGAGGACCUGGAUCUCUCUCUGAGCACAGCAAUGGCAGCAGCACGCCGUGCCCGCGUCACCUCAAGACGGCUGGGCCAGGUGCUGGCAGCAGAGCUGGGCCGGGCACGGGCAGUGCGGAGCUCCUGCCUCUUCUGAACAGGAUCAUCCCAUCCCAUCCCAUCGCAUCCCAUCCCAUCCCAUCGCAUCCCAUCCCAUCCCAUCCCAUCCCAUCCCAUCGCAUCCCAUCCCAUCCCAUCCCAUCCCAUCCCAUCCCAUCCAUCCAUACUGUGGGAAUGGGCACCAAGCCGGACACGUCCUGCAUCUCCCACAUUUCUGUAGGUCCUACCAAAACACCUCUGUGUUUACCUCAGUGCCACGCUGGCGCAGUAGGAGCCAUUUCCACAGCCCAUCUCUCGCUGCUUUCAAUGUUUCUUUAGGGUGAUUUUUAGGGUUUCUCGGUACGCUGCACCCCUCCCCUCCCUCCCAGCUCCAACCAGAGCCCGACCCCAUGGGUUGGGGAUGAGGUUGGAUUUCGGGUGCUGUCCCUACGCCCUGCUGUACCCCAGGGCCACUCUCCUCUCUGCACUUCUAUGUGGAUUUUUCCCCAGGGUACCAUUGUCAGAGGUUGGUUGACCAUAUAUAAUGCGUGUGUGUGUCUAUAUAUAGGUUCAUACACGUGGUUUGUUUUACAUUUCCAGCACAAACCCUCGGGGAAGCUGAGCUUUUCCCCAUAUCUUAGUGCUGCACAGCCCUGUGAUGUGCAUAAUGAUG